AUGGAGACCCACACCACCACUACUGGCUGUCAAUAUGAAGCCUGCACGCCCACUACUAGCAGUCAAUAUGAAGCCUGCACGCCCACUACUAGCAGUCAAUAUGAAGCCUGCACGCCCACUACUAGCAGUCAAUAUGAAGCCUGCACGCCCACUACUAGCAGUCAAUAUGAAGCCUGCACGCCCACUACUAGCAGUCAAUAUGAAGCAUGUACGCCCACUACUAGCAGUCAAUAUGAAGCCUGCACGCCCACUACUAGCAGUCAAUAUGAAGCAUGCACGCCCACUACUAGCAGUCAAUAUGAAGCCUGCACGCCCACUACUAGCAGUCAAUAUGAAGCAUGCACGCCCACUACUAGCAGUCAAUAUGAAGCCUGCACGCCCACUACUAGCAGUCAAUAUGAAGCCUGCACGCCCACUACUAGCAGUCAAUAUGAAGCCUGCACGCCCACUACUAGCAGUCAAUAUGAAGCCUGCACGCCCACUACUAGCAGUCAAUAUGAAGCCUGCACGCCCACUACUAGCAGUCAAUAUGAAGCCUGCACGCCCACUACUAGCAGUCAAUAUGAAGCCUGCACGCCCACUACUAGCAGUCAAUAUGAAGCAUGCACGCCCACUACUAGCAGUCAAUAUGAAGCCUGCACGCCCACUACUAGCAGUCAAUAUGAAGCAUGCACGCCCACUACUAGCAGUCAAUAUGAAGCAUGCACGCCCACUACUAGCAGUCAAUAUGAAGUAUGCACGCCCACUACUAGCAGUCAAUAUGAAGCCUGCACGCCCACUACUAGCAGUCAAUAUGAAGCCUGCACGCCCACUACUAGCAGUCAAUAUGAAGCCUGCACGCCCACUACUAGCAGUCAAUAUGAAGCCUGCACGCCCACUACUAGCAGUCAAUAUGAAGCCUGCACGCCCACUACUAGCAGUCAAUAUGAAGCAUGCACGCCCACUACUAGCAGUCAAUAUGAAGCCUGCACGCCCACUACUAGCAGUCAAUAUGAAGCAUGCACGCCCACUACUAGCAGUCAAUAUGAAGCAUGCACGCCCACUACUAGCAGUCAAUAUGAAGUAUGCACGCCCACUACUAGCAGUCAAUAUGAAGCCUGCACGCCCACUACUAGCAGUCAAUAUGAAGCCUGCACGCCCACUACUAGCAGUCAAUUACGUCUUUAA